AUGGGUGGCUGCUGUUGCGGCUGUCAGCAGGACGACUCAAACUUGCCCGAAAAGUAUGAAGAAAAUCGUUCCUGCACGGAUAUUUUUUUUAUGAUUGUCUUUAUCCUGUUCCUGGGCGCCUUCGCAGCGCUUGGCUUCAUUGCGUUUAAGAGCGGUGACUUGAGAGGCGUUGUGUUUGGCAACGAUUAUCUUGGCUACGCCUGCGGCGACGGCGCGGGACCGCCUGGUUUCGCGAACCAUGUGCCAGAAGAUGCUCUUUUUCAGAGCAAGAAGUGGGCGGAGAACACACGCGUCUGGUACCCGCUGCCUCUCAUGCAGGAAGUGACGGAUGUACUCCACAUAAGCUCCUACCUGAAUCUUGGUAUCUGUGUCAAGGAGUGCCCCAAAACAAAUCCGGAGGGGUUGAAAGAGCUGUUGGCCGACAAUAUGACUGGUCCCAAUCUAAAGAAGAUGCAGGUGUAUUCGUACGGGGAUGUUUCCAAGACUGGACACCCGGUCAGUGCAGCCUCAAAGAUGUACGCCGUGUAUCAUACCUCAUCCAUCCUGCGUAAGUGUUUGCCAGAUCUCACCCAACCGCCGGAGGUGGGGAAAAAACUCUCGUCCCCUUACCUGGAAAAGGCCUACACGUUCAUUCUGCAAGGUGUGAAUGAGGUUGCAAACAGUUGGCGUGUCAUUGCCAUCGAGGCAGGCAUUUGCCUUGUGGCAUGCUUUAUCUUUGUAAUUUUGAUGCGGUUUUGCGUCAGCGUCGUGGUAUGGCUCAUUCUUUUCUGCAUAUUUCUCCUAUUGGCCGGUGGAGGCGGCAUUGCCUUCUUCCUGUUUCACACCAGGGGAGAAAGCUCCUACCUUCCGGUGGCGGGUGUACAGAAAUACUCCAACCUCUUUCUCGUGCUUGCUCUCGUACUGUGGUUUCUGGCGAUUAUCUACAUGUUUGUCAUUCUUGCGCUCUGCAGCAAAAUACGACUUGUGUGCGCCAUCAUCAAAAUUUCGGGUCGUGUCAUGGGUUCUGCGCCGACGAUGAUUUUCCUGCCGUUCGCAGCUACUCUGGCAAUCCUCGCUUUCUUUGUGUGGGCCGUGCUCGUGGGAUUAUGCCUGUACAGUGCCAAAGAAAGUGGAACCGCGUACUCGCUCGUGCCCCUCAGCGAAGCUCUUCGCUUUCAAGACGUUCCACUGGUGAAGGUGAACGAGACGCAAUUUUUCAAGGUCGCCUCGCAAGUCCUCAACUCAAGGUACUCGCUGGAAUACUUCUUGAUUGCCGAUCUCUUCGGGUUUCUGUGGACAAUGGCUUUUUUGAAUGCGGCGUGUUUCACCACCAUCGCCUUUGUUUCGGUUUUUUGGUAUUUCUCGAGCCUUUGCAAUGAUGAUAAGAGUGUACCCAUCUGUGGCGUAUGCAAGGCGGUUUUUUGGACGGUGUUUUACCACACCGGAACGUUGGCGCUUGGUUCCCUUUUGAUUGCCAUCAUACAGACAAUCCGGUUCCUACUGGCCUACCUUGCCAAGAAGGCCCAGUCGAUGCUGCACGACAGUGCCCUGAUUUGCUGCCUGGCGUGCUAUCUCGAGUGUUUUCUGGCCUACUUUGAGCGUGUGAUUUCGCUCAUAAACACCAAUGCGUUCGUGAUGAUGUGUCUGACCUCACAGUGUUUUUGCGUCUCGGCCUGCCGCGCCAUCGAGUUUAUCCUGAGCUACACCGUGGAACUUCUCUUUCUGACCGGGUUUGUAAGCGUGGUCAUCUUCCUUGGGGAGCUGUUCGUUGUGGCUGCGUGCUGCGCCUCCGCGUACUUCCUCUGCGACGUGCCCGAGCUUGCGACGGAUAUUCGGGUGUAUGUGAUGCCACUUAUCGUCAUCGGUGUUAUGGCGUUCCUUUUGAGUCGCGCCUUUUUUGGCGUCUACGAGUCGGCCGCCACGGCGCUGCUGAUGUGCUACUGCUACGACCUGAAGGUGAACGCCUCGCGUGCGAUGUACUACGUGCCGGAGGAGCUGGAGCACCAGCUUUUCGACUACUCGCAGAAGGAGAAGCUGCGCCAAUUCAACGAGCAGCAGGCCGCCGUGCACCAAGAGAAGUGA